UUGGUUGAUUGGUGAUGACUUAGAUAUUGAUCUAUAAUUUUUCUUUUUAAUUAGCAGACGAUAUAUCUUGCUGGUGACUUGCCAGGCUUUAAGGAGGAGCUACAAGGUCAAUGCAGGCAGACAAACGUAAUCGCUGCAUUCGACAGAGUUCAUGGCAGAAGCCAUAGGGAUUCUGGUGGAUCUGAUGAGGAAGAUUCAGAGGAAAGAAGAGAGAGGAGUUCUAGUGAAUGUGGAGGAAGAGAUGAGGACCAUCGUGCCUGACGAGGAGCAAGAAGGAAGGGAUGUGAGGGUCAACAAGGAGAUGGGAAACAAUGGGAAUGAGACGAACGGGGAGUUUUGCAGUAUCAGGCUUCUGCAGGCUAUUGAUAGGAUAGGAGAUGCAGAUGUGUUCUCCAAGAAGGCCGGCUGGCUGAACAAAAUAACCGAGGACAAGCUCCCCUUACUCAGGCUCGUGGAUCUAAGCGCAGAGAAGGGAAGUCUUCAACCGAAUGCCUUCCUUGUGCCUCACUGGUCAGUUAAUGCACACUCCAUCAUCUAUGUGACCCAAGGAGAAGGCCACCUACAGGUGGUUGACAACCAAGGAAGGGGGGUCUUCAACGUAAACAUAAAACAGGGGCAGCUAACUGUAGUUCCUCAGUACUAUGCUUGCAUGAUAAGGGCUGGAAGUAGCGGCAUCAACUGGGUAACUUUCAUGACCUCGUCGCAGCCAAUGAGGACCCCAAUCGUAGGUCGCUUAUCAACCUUCACAGCUUUGCCACUCCAGCCGAUGGCCAACUCCUACCGCAUCCCCAUUACCCAAGCUUUAGAGCUCAAGUUCAAUAGGGACCAUGACGAGAUGCUUUUCCCUCCCACAACAACCUCCUACCAGACCACUGAGUAGUCCUGGUUAACUGUAAGUAUGUUUUGGAAGUAUUUUUGCACUUUCCUUUUGUUAACUUGGGAAAAAGGGAAAAAAAAUUGAAAGGAUUAAACUUAUUAUUUUAUGAAGAAACCCUAUUUAUACAAAGUUUUAUUUCUUUUAUUUUGCGAUCCCUCUUAGGCCUGUAUUGUGCUCACUCGUAUGCCAUGUAUAGGAACUAAAUCCAACGGUAUUCACAGAUACACGAUGAAUGUCUUGAUUCCUGUAUCCCCAACUGAAAGGGUUCUAAAAAUGAGAAGCUUGGACUGCAAAAAUUAGAAAACAUUUAAGAUUACAACUUCUAAGUUCUAACCAUAGCCAGAUAUUCAGAUGUCAGAAAACAAUUUAUAAAAGAAAACCUACAAUGCAAGAA